UAAUAACCAUGAAACUGAUCGUAUGUGUUUUGGCUUUCGUUGCCCUGGGUUACGCCCAACAACAACCUCAUCCCACGGGAGAACCCAUCCCAAUUCUGAAAUACGAAAAUGAAGGAGUAAAUGCCGAUGGAUCAUAUCAAUGGAGUUAUGAGACCGGAAACAGCAUCAAGGCCGACGAGCAAGGCCAACUGAAAAACGCCGGUUCAGAAAAUGAAGCUGAAGAAGUGCAGGGUUCCUACUCGUACACCGCUGACGACGGUACCCAGAUCUCCCUUCAGUACGUUGCCAACGAAAAUGGAUUCCAACCCGUGGGAGAUCAUCUCCCCACUCCACCACCAAUCCCGGCCGCCAUCCAGAGGGCUUUGGAAUGGAUCGCAGCUCACCCAGAGCCAGAGCAGAAGCAACAAAAGUUGUGAAAAGUUUUGCUCUUUGUAAAUAUGAGG